CUUAAACCUCCUUUUGUUGUAUUUGGUUAAUUAUUAUUUUAUUCUGAAGAUGCUUAAACCUCCUUUUGUUGUAUUUGGUUAAUUCUUUGCAACUUGUGCAUAAAAAAGAAUAUAUAUACAUAUAUAUGUGUGUGUGUGUGUGUGUGUGUGUGUGUGUGUUUGUCUCUUUGGGGUGAGAUGUCAAAAACUAUCUUUUUAUCUUGAGGUACCGCGAAGUACAUAUACAUAACAUGAUUAUAUGUUAUGGAUGGUUCCUCAUAACGUAUUUUCAAUGGUGGGAAUGAAAUUUUAGGUAUUUUCAAUAAUGAUGGUUCCUCAUAACUUCUCAUCUCUACUUUCCCUUCAAGCUGAGAACGGCCAUCCCCAUCCCUUCCAAUUAGGUUUAGUGAACAGAAGGUGUAUUUUUUUUUUUUCUUUUUUUGUUUUUUGGGUUAGGAUGGAUGCGACUAUAAAAGGCAGAGGAUGCUGGAGUAUAGAGCAUCCGGCGAUCCAAGCAAAUUCAUUACCGGCGUUCAAACCCGCCAACCGACCGAUCGAGGAGAAAGAAGCAAUUCCCCAAGGACUCAAAUUUUCUUCAUUUCUGCCCUCCUCAAUCUCUCUCAAGCGAAGCGAGGAAACAAAAAGUGAAAGAUGGGAGUGGUGUUGAAGAAGCUCCGGAUUCGGAAGCUGCUGUCCAGGAAGAUCGAGAUUCUGCAUCGGAACAAUGUCCGGAGCUGGAGAAAGCAGCUGAAGCCGAUCAAGCAGCGAAGUUUUACACGGAAGCGCAAGAGUACUAGGUCUCGUUGCGGUGAUCUUUUGCUUCUUCUACUCUAUUUCACUUGUUUUGGAUCGAUCCUCAACAUAAUCCGGAGGUUUGUCUCUAACAAGGUCCUAAGAGAGCAACUAAAGCCUAGAAAUGAGGUUUACACUGGGAGGCACGCCGAUCAUGGGAGACCUGUUAUGUACUUGCGAAGUGGUGCAUCGCCAUGGGGCAUCUUCAGAUUUCCUCAUAAGGUGAACUGCAUGUUCCAAGCUCUCUCUCAAGUUCUACUUUCUGUUUGCCAGAGCUGUGGAACGAUUUGGAGGGUGCCAUCGAACAUGAUCCAGAGGGAGGAACUGAAGCCUAGGGGUCACAUCUACAUAUUAAGGCGUGCCUAUAACUACAGUUAUCAUGGGUGGAGAGCUGCGAUUCGAUUCCUCAAUGCUUCAUUGAUUGAUUUGUCAGGACUGGUUGAUUUGCUUUUUGGUUUCCCUCUCUUUCAAGUUUUACUUUCUGAAUGUUGGAACUGUGGAAUGAUUUGGGGGGUGCUAUUGAACAAGAUCUGGAGAGUGCUAUCAAACAAGAUCCAGAUGGAGGAAGUGGAGUGCGGGGAUCACAUCUACACGUGGAGGCGUGCCUAUAGUUAUGCGCACCAUGGGAUAUAUGUUGGUGAUGGAAUGGUGAUUCACUACACUCGAGGAGGAGGCUUAGAUCGUAUUAUAUUCAGCUCGUCUCCAUCCCGUCAUUCAAACGGUACCAACCCCAUAAGCAGUGAUCAAUCAAGACUUGAUCGUGUGAUCUGUUCCUCCAUAGAUGAUUUUCUUUCUGGUGGUGAACUCUAUCGUUUUGAAUAUGGUGUUAAUCUACCUCUCUUUAUUGCCAAAACUCGGGGGGGUACUUGUACCCUUGCCCGUAGUGAUCCACCCAAUGAUGUCCUUGACCGUGCGUAUAGCCUCCUUGAGAAUGGCUUUGGUAAAUACCACCUUUUCGGAAACAACUGUGAAGACUUUGCUAUAUACUGUAAAACAGGCAUCCACUUGGUAGAUAACAAUUUUAGCAUUGGCAGGAGUGGGCAGGCGGCAUCCUUCUUGGUUGCCAUUGGUGCUCUCAUUUCGUCUAUAAUCGCACUAUUUGUAGAUAACAUGUAUAGUGUUGGAAGGACUAGGCAGGCAGCAUCCUUAUUGGUAGCCAUUAGCGCCUUCCUUUCUUCCAUAAUUCGAUGCCCGACUGUUAGAAUUACCAGUCAGCAUUUCAUUGGCAGAAGGGGGCAGACACCAUCCUUCUUGGUUUAUAUUAAUGCUUUUGUUUCUUCUACAGUUCGAUCACCGACUGUUAUAAUUGCUGGUCAGCAUUUUAUUGUGGGUUAUAGCAUUUACUCUGCCUGUAGAUGGGCUUCUGAUAUUGGAAUUCGUCGUAAUGUUAGUAAAGCUGCAAAUAGCAGAUUGGCCGAGGAAGAGACUUCUGGUUAUGGAGUUAGUAUUAAGUUUAACUUGGCAUUUCUGAAAGGUCUUGCUUUGGAUAUUUUGGUAUUUGCAGCUUGGUGGAUUUGUUGUUAUGUGCUGGAGUUGACUACAGAUAUUACAAGUUUUCAACUGGGAUGGAUUAUACUGACUUCUACAAUAUGGCGGGUGCUCUUCGUUCCUGUUGAUCCAGCUGAAAAAGAAGACAGAAAUAGGUAUUUCAAUUUUGAUCUGUCUAUAGACUUGAGAAUUCGUUUUAUCUCUGUGAAGACCGUAUGGCUUGGGCUUCUCAAUAUGUUGCCAAACAGGGCCGCUUGCUGGUGUUUGAUAACAUUGGUAUCACUACUAGUUUGGUUGUUCUGUUGUUCUAUGAUGUACUGAUUCGGGUUGGACUAUUUAAGAUGUUGUUGUUGCAGCAAUGUGGUGGUGCUUUUCUGGACGUUGUUGUACUGUUAUGUAUUGAUUCGGAUUUGACUAUCCAAGAUUGUCUUUGUUUUUUUGGUGUUUGAUAAUUAAUACCUACCUUUACUGAUAUACUGAUUUAAUAAAUUCUUAUUAUUUUUAUUUAAUUACUAAAUCA